AUGUUCAUUACAGAAGUUACUACUUACGAUGAUUUGAAGAGGGAAAGUCACAGUGCAGCAGAAGAUGUUUAUCUUCCGGGAAAUUUACCACGUGUAACCGGUAUGCACGGUCCCAUAAAAACUCAAAAUCGCCACCGCUGUAUUGUUCGUACAACAAAAGUCACAGUUUUUGCAUAUUGUGUCGAAUUUGAAGUUUUAAGAGCAUCGAAGGCUUGUCAUAAGUUGCCGCCUUAUAAUCUAAUGUUGGAAGGAGACCGUAUAAGCGUUCGUUGUAAUCUGGAAACAGUAAAAUAUGAUACAAGAAUAAAUAUAAUGCCGCUUAGUACCAGUCAAAAAUAUACCUUAACAGCAGAUGAAAUUAACUUGUCCAACAGUAGCAAAUGGAGAACAUAUAUGCGGAAUAUUUUCGCGACAGCCUAUAAAGAAGGGGUCGACGAAGCGAAUUUAAUUAAUGAUGAAGAAGGUGGUGAAAACAAAAGUUAUGAUAAAGUGACUAAAUCGAUCAAAGCACCAAACACAACCAAGGUGACAACUACAACAACGCCAGCAAGCAAACUGAUCCAUCGUUGUCGCGGAGAGGGCCUUCCAGGUCGAAUAACUAGAUGGAGCGCACUACCUACACCUUCAUGUCGAGGCAAGUGGCUGCGACUUACUGUGGGAGUUCCCAGAAAGUGUACACAUUCAGAAUUUAAAUUUGUAUAAACCAAAAACUAUUAUAAGAGACAUAUAGGGCGCCAAAAUAAAAAUAAAAAGAUUUCCUCAAUUUUAAUUAACUUUCUUAAAACUUAUUAAGCCACAUCCCUCAAACACAGAAAUUUCAGCAAUAUUAGAUUUUAUAUUUAAAGCACUAAGUUAUAUCUGUGUAGUAAGAAAACAAGUAAAU